GGCUCCCGGGUCCGUCACUUCCUGCUGCCGGGCGGGCGGCCGGCGCCAUGGAGGUGCAGUCGUACUACGCCAAGCUGCUGGGGGAGCUGAACGAGCAGCGCAAGCGGGACUUCUUCUGCGACUGCAGCAUCAUCGUGGAGGGGCGCAUCUUCAAGGCGCACAAGAACAUCCUCUUCGCCAACAGCGGCUACUUCCGAGCGCUGCUCAUCCACUACAUCCAGGACAGCGGGCGGCACAGCACCGCGUCCCUCGACAUCGUCACCUCCGAGGCCUUCUCCGUCAUCCUGGAUUUCCUCUACUCGGGGAAGCUGGAUCUGUGUGGGGAGAACGUCAUCGAGGUCAUGUCUGCGGCCAGCUACCUGCAGAUGACCGAUGUGGUGAACUUCUGCAAGACCUACAUCAGGUCGUCCUUGGAUAUCUGCAGGAAGAUAGAGAGGGAGGCCGCCUUCUACCAGGCCGACAGCGGGAGUGGGAGCUCUGCGAGGGAAGGCCCCUCGUACGGCUCCAAGAGCCAGGGCUCUGUCCCCGUCUCGUCCCUGCAGGAAAAGGAGAGGACGGUGGGUUGUCAGCGAGACCCCCCCUGUGGGGAGUGUAGCAGCUGCCACCCCCUGGAGCUUGUGGUGAGGGACCCGGUGAGCAGCGACUCCCCAGAGGACGUUAAUUCCUCCCUGCCCAAAGGGGUGGAACCCAAGGUGGAGUUCGACUCGGAUGAGGUGGAGGUAGAGGUGGGCGAGCGGCUGCAGCAGUACCCGACUCCGCUGUCCCUGGAGCAGAUGGAAGAGGGGCUGCACAGCGGGCAGGCGAUGGACCUGGCCUGCAACAACUACCACAUGAAGCAGUUCCUAGAGGCCCUGCUGCGCAACGGCUCAGCUCAGAGGAAAGAUGACGUGGUUCAUCACUUUGUCCGGGGCUUUGAGGGUAGGCCAGAGGAUGCGGGGGUAGCCAUGAGCUCCAUGAUGGACAUUCACAGCGACUGGUAUGGUGAGGACGCAGGUGAUGUGUUAGUUGUACCCAUCAAGCUUCACAAAUGUCCGUUCUGUCCCUACACGGCUAAGCAGAAAGGAAUACUGAAACGGCACAUUCGCUCUCACACAGGUGAGAGGCCCUACCCCUGUGAGACGUGUGGGAAGCGUUUCACCCGGCAGGAACACCUUCGGAGUCACGCUUUAAGUGUGCAUCGAUCGAACAAGCCAAUUAUCUGCAAAGGUUGCAGGAGAACAUUCACAAGUAGCCUGUCUCAAGGACUGCGACGCUUUGGCUUGUGUGACAGCUGCACUUGUGUGACCACUACGCACGACGACUCGAUGCCCAUUAACCUCAGCCUGAUGGAACCUUCCUCAGAGGGCCAGGAGAAGGGCGAUGUGGAUAACGACUGGCCCAUAUACGUGGAGUCCGGGGAGGAAAACGAUCCAGCUGAUGAUGAUGAUGCUGAUGGUGAUGACAAGCAGGAAAUCCACAGGAGUUUAUCAGAUCGAGAAACACUUAUGUAGCAGUGGCAGGAGAGAGGGAGGACUGAAGGUCUCUCUCUGAUAGUGGCUGGUUUGCAACAGAAAACUGCGUUAGUGAGGCUGAGUUGUUGUUGUUGUUGUUUUUUUAAUUAUUCCAUUUUUUAAUUGAAGAACGGGGAGAAAUAGAGUUUUUAAUACUUUUACGUUUUCAGUGCUGUGCACCAGAAUUCUGUGAAGAAUCUUCUGUCUGGGCUUCACAGAGGUUUUACCUGAACAAUCUCCAGUUGCGUCUCUGCUUCCUAGUUUUGAGGAAGAGGCAACAAUUUGUAGGCGGAACAUCUCUGUUGUUUUGAUAACAGGUUUCUUCAAAUAACGUUGUCAUGGUCCUUAAUCCCUGAUCUGGAAGGGGCACCGUCUUCUCUCUGAAGAUUAGAUUUGAAGAAAUGUAGUUUUCAUCCAUUACCUUGGACUUUUCUAAACUAGGUUGUGAUCCUUCUGCAUCGGGAUGGUAUUAUCUAAACUGUAAAUAUUAAGUGUUUUCAUAGACUUGCGUUGACCUGGAAAUCAGGGCAAACAAACCAGAAUAACAGAACUAUGCUGCUGCUGAAAGUGUAGAAAGUAAGAAUAAAUAUAUUUUACAUGUCCUUAAUUGCAGGUAGAGAACAAGCUUCUCUUUCCAAAUUGUUUUUGCUACAUCUUCCUCUUUCAAGAGCUUGGACUACAGAUUUUUCAGAUGUAUCCUCAAUGUCAUUUAGACAUUAGUGGUCUGUGCUUAAGAAACAUUAAGCACACGUUAUGGUGUCUAGUGUCCUGGUCUCUCAGUUUAGACUAAAUGAACGGCCCAAUUCUCAACAUUUUACAGUAGAAGUGAAAAGUUAUCAGUCAGGUUACUUGGGAAUUGUAGUAGAUUAAAUAAUCACUUGUGAAUGUGAGUCCUCGUCUGAUGUAGCUGAGGAGUAGUUAAAUAUGUAUACAUGAGCUAUGCAUAUAAAACAGCCCUGUAUACCCUUUUUGAAGCAAUUGGGUGGAAAAUCUCAGAAAUUUUUACUAGCCUCUUUGUAUGCAAAUCCUUUUUUCUUUUCCUCUAUUUUCCUUAAGUCUUUGGUAGUCUUUCUUAUGGUUGAUGUUGUUGUGCGAAUUUAUGCAAGUAUUGUGGUUUUGUUUGUUUUUGUUUUUAAACUCCAGUGUAGACCUCCUGUAUCACUGCUGGGGUGGAUAACGGUUGGCUUUCAAAGGAGGUGAGAUUUUUACCUUUCCAGAUGAAACUAAGUUGAUGUAACCUAUCAAAAAUAAAUCUGGGAAACUUCAGAAGAAAACACCACCAACAGAAGGCCUGUUUGGUUAUAGGUAACUUACUGUUCCUUAAAGAGGAGAUGGAACUGAAAGAUACUGUGAAGUAAGACUUUUAAUGUUUCUUAACUGUGUUGUUCGUGUUUAAUGAAAAUGCAAAUUGUACCCGAGUCUUUCUAGCUGGAGUAAGUGUAGAUCUGGGAUCUGGCUACAGAAGCCAGAUGCAGCUGACAAAGUAGGAGCAGUUCCUCCCACUUUACACUAAAAACCUCAAGGAACACUGUUGCUGCAUUUAUUUUUUGUAACGUAAACUGAUGAAGCUUUCUGUAUUUCCUAUUCCAUAUCAUCAGUAAAUUUGAGUUUGUAAUAGCUGAACAGUAUCACAGUGACAGGCAGAAAAAUCUCACUGGGACAAGACAGAAAAUCUAGGGCUCUGUAGCCCCUACUUUAGUCGUGUAACUUAGGACCAUCAGAGACAACUUGUGUAGGUGCCAGACUUGGAUCCAAGCUCCUCUAAAAAUCCAGCUGUAGUUUUGGGUCCUGUGUACUUCUGAAAAACUGAACAAAACGUGGCCUUGUAAAUCGUGCUAGCAUGUUUGAAAAUGCCACCUCUAGCGUACUGGCACUAAUCUUUUGGACUGCUACUUUAUUUUUUGUUGCGUCCAGACAGCUUCAGAGAGUGUUUUUUUCUGAAUCCGAUUACCUGACGUCAGGAGGACGCGUGUGUGUGAGAACACUGAAAAAGUUGCACUAUCUGCAUGUGUUAGGAGACUAGCUCACUAAUGAGAGUGGGGUAAAUAGGGACCCACAAUGAUAUUUAGUGACCAGGCAUCCUGAUCUAGCGUGAAGAUGCCAAAUUACUGUAAAUAUUGGUAGAGGCCACUAGACACAGAAUAUCAGCUGAGCAUGUUUGGGCUAAUGUGCUGCAAUUAAACUGUCAGAAGAUUUAGCUUAUCACAUGGCUGAGCUGUGCUGAGGUGUGGGCUAGCUGACUCUGAACCUGUGAAGACAUUCAGAGCAGGGAAAAUUAACCUCGCAAAAGUCUGUAGUGAGAGCUGCAGGAACGACUGCGGAGAUCUCAGCAACUUUACUUCAACCUGCUUCCUUUGGUCUUAGAGAUUAUUCUUGUGUGUCUUGUGCAUAGAGGAUGGAGCUGUGUUAAGGUCCGUGUAACACUGGGGAGGGUGGGGGGGGUGCCAUUCGCAGUCCAGAUGGAAGGUGACCACCAAAAUCGAUGUUUCCUGUUGAUCCAUCAUAUUGUGCUACUUUGUUUUCAGUGCAGUCCUUCAGCUUCUGUAUUUGGUAGAACAGGAUGUAGUUUAUCCACAUUCUUGUGACAACAUGUUCAUGUAAAUGUUUGCUGUACUUUUCCUCCUAGUUUUUGAUGUUUUUCUUGAAAUCUUCCAUUGUAAAUCCAGCCUCUACAAGCUUUGAGAAAAUGAUGUAGCUGUUAUAAGAUAUUCACAUGGUGCUUAAUGAAGAAUCGAAAAUAUUGUUUUUAAGAAACUUAUUUCUAAUGUAAUCUCUUUCUCAAAGUUUUUUAAAGGCCAUGCAGACUACAUAUUUUGAAGUCUUAGCUCUAUGUAAUUGACUUUGUCUAGGAGUAUAUGUUCUAGUAUACUUUUGCACAUAAUUGCACUGUAUUUCUCUAAAGGAAUACAUGCUGCACUGGUAUUCAUAGUGCAUUUUACCUCUUGGUGCAAGACCUUGUAAAUCUUCCAAAUGUGCUCAUUUAAUUUACUGAUGUUUUGUAAGGCAGUUUCAUAACUGGAGUCCCUUAGUCUAGUUUAAGUGACAAAUUCUUAUAAACCCAACCUUACUUGUAGAAGUGACUUAACUAUAUUUGUGGAUCUUUGAGCAUUCUGGAGUUUUUUGACUGUCUAGAAAAUAAAACUCUCUGAGAGGGUUGCUUUGAUUUUUAUUUUUUUAACCAUUCAAAAGUUGACUUGGUAAACCUGAGUGCAUCUAGAUUAAGGCUCCUCACAUUUAAGCUUCUAGGAGUUAAAAAUGAACACAUCCAUUUCUGCUAACAUACACUGUGCAGGCAAAAAAGAGAUUCUUGGUAGGAAAGGAUUAAAAGGAUGCUGUCCACUUAAAACCCAGCCAACUGGGAUUUAUUAGAAGAUCCUUUAUAUUAUUAAUAUUGAUUUGGUUUUCUUACCAGUUUUUGUAGUUUUAUAGCCAUCAUCAUUUUUUAAAAACCUUUUUAAAGCUUUUCUUGUUUAUGUUGGGCAAAAAAAAAUCCAUGCAACUGGGAAGCAGUCACAGAUGCUAGCUAGAAGAAAAUCUUGGCAAAUGCCUAUAAUAAAACAAAUGGGGAAUUUUUAUUUUAUUUUUUUUCCUAGAUCACCUUGCAAGAAUAUUGGAUAUUUCACAUAUGGACUUUUUAAAACUUGCUUGUACAGAUGCUAUUUAAAAUUGGUAUUUAUCUCUUGAUUUAGAAUAUCUUGAAUCAAUGAAAAAUGCAAUAAUCUCCGCUUUCUUUUCACUGUUUUAAUUCAAACAAUGAAAUCGGAUCAGUUUUAUUUUAUUGGAAUCUUUUUCUGUUGUAGUUGAAGGAGUUUUUAAUACAAGACAGACAUCUUUUGUUGGUUGAUAAUAGCUAUUGGUAGCUAAGACAGCUAUUUCUAGUUCACAAAAAGUUUUGAAUACCUCAGUUUUUGGAGACUUGGAGGAUUCUUCUUCUCUUCUCUUAUGUGAAACUGUAAGCUAGAGUUAACAAUAGUUAACACUUUGAUGAGAAAGACAAAUGCCAGGGAGUGAAAGAAGGGACCGGCAUCUGGUGCUCUGGUUCCACAGGUAUUUGGGAUCAAUCGUCUAUGUAGGUCUUUAUAGUGUGUUACAAAAGAUAGCUUUGCAGUGUUCACAGACAAUUCAGAGUACGGUGCAAAUCCAGAAGACCUUUCCAGAUUUAUUAACUGGACAUUUUUUGCACAUCAGUAAUAGAGAAGUUGCAAUGACAUUUAUCAGAAGCUGCUGGAUCUGCCAGCAUACCUGUCCUGCUGUCGAGCUGUCUGCCAGUGUAUGUAUCAGGGUGGAAGAGAGAAAAAGAAAUUAAACCAAAGUUGAGAAUUAAUGUACACCCCCACCAUAUAGGAAAUUUACCCUUUUUAAGGGGUGGGGUUCAAAUCUUUAAGUGCUUUUUGUAACUUUUUUUCUACAGUGGUGCAUUACUGAAUUUGUCUUUACUGUAUGUUAAAUAUAUGUACUAUAUAUGUUUAUAUUGUUGUCUGUAGUCUGGUUCUUUUAUAGUUAAGAACAUAAAGUAUUAAAUAUUAA